AUGGUGGGAUGAGUUUUCGACUGGAGUGGCGUGUGUUUAUCAAGUGUACAUUUUCUCAAGUAAUUGAUAUUCCUGGUGUGGUUUCACGACAUACGGUGUGCUAAAUUAUUUAGCCUACUCAUAAGUGGGUGGAGAGAGAAAUAUUUGACGACCACGCGUGUGAAUAAUUGCAAAAAUGGCAGCUCCGAUAGAGAUUCCUCUUCGGGACACCGAUGAGGUUAUUGAGUUGUAUCCUGAGCAACUUCCCGACUGCGAGGAGGUGCUGGGAAUCCUCAAACAGGAGAGAUCCCAAUUGAACACUUGGGUGACAGUGGCGCUGGCCUACUACAAACUCAACAAGACAGAUGACUUCAUCAAGAUCCUGGAGACUGCCCGGGUGGAGGCGAACAUCGACUACCGUGACUUUGAGAAGGAUCAGAUGCGCGCGUACGACAUGCUGGCGGCGUACUAUGUGCAGGAAGCGAACCGGGAGAAGGCCAAAGACAAGAAGAGGGAGCUCUUCAUGAAGGCCACCCAUCUGUACACCACGGCCGACAAGAUUAUCAUGUACGAUCAGAACCACUUGCUGGGCAGAGCAUAUUUCUGCCUCCUGGAAGGUGACAAGAUGGAACAGGCGGACGCGCAGUUCAACUUCGUCCUCAAUCAGUCGCAGUCCAACAUUCCGUCGUUGCUUGGUAAGGCGUGUAUCGCGUUCAACAAGAAAGACUACCGCGGAGCACUGGCAUUCUACAAGAAAGCCCUCAGGACGAAUCCCAACUGCCCAGCGGCGGUGCGUCUUGGGAUGGGUCAUUGCUUCCUGAAGAUGAACAACCAGGAGAAGGCGAAACUGGCCUUUCAGCGCGCCCUCAGUCUCGAUCCGCAGUGUGUUGGCGCUCUAGUGGGCCUGGCUAUUCUCAAGCUGAAUCUCCACGAGCCAGAUUCCAAUCGUCAGGGCGUGCAGAUGCUCUCCAAGGCGUACACAAUCGAUUCGAAGAACCCAAUGGUGCUGAACCACCUGGCCAAUCACUUUUUCUUCAAGAAGGACUACCAGAAGGUCCAGCACCUCGCGCUGCACGCCUUCCACGACACCGAGAAUGAGGCGAUGCGCGCCGAGAGUUGCUAUCAAUUGGCCAGAGCGUUCCACGUACAGCGCGACUACGAUCAGGCCUUCCAGUACUACUACCAAUCCACACAGUACGCGCCGUCCAACUUCGUCCUGCCCCACUUUGGCCUCGGACAGAUGUACAUCUAUCGCGGGGACACGGAGAACGCCGCCCAGUGCUUUGAGAAGGUACUGAAGAUUCAACCUGGGAACUAUGAGACAAUGAAGAUCCUUGGCUCAUUGUAUGCCAACUCCUCUUCGCAGUCGAAGAGGGACAUCGCGAAGCAGCACUUGAAGAAAGUCACUGAGCAGUUUCCCGACGACGUGGAAGCGUGGAUUGAGCUGGCGCAGAUUCUGGAGCAGAAUGAUCUGCCAGGAUCACUGAAUGCCUAUCGCACGGCGACGAAUAUCCUCACGGAGAAGGUGAAAGCGGAGAUUCCGCCUGAGAUUCUCAAUAAUGUGGGUGCGCUGCACUAUCGCCUGGCGAAUCUGGAUGAGGCGCUGAACAAGCUCGAGGCGGCUCUGGAGAGGACGAAGAUUGAGGCGCAAGACGAUCCGCAGUACUAUCACUCAAUCUCCGUGACGAUGACUUACAAUCUGGCGCGUCUAUAUGAAGCGAUGUGCUGCUUCGAUAAGGCGGACAAGCUGUACAAGGACAUCCUGAAGGAGCAUCCGAACUACAUCGAUUGCUAUCUGAGGCUGGGCUGCAUGGCUCGUGACAAAGGGUUGAUCUUCGUGGCUUCGGAUUUCUUCAAGGACGCAUUGAAAAUCAACACUGGCAAUCCGGACACGAGAUCUCUGCUGGGCAAUCUGCAUUUGGCCAAAAUGCAGUGGACUCUCGGUCAGCAGAACUUCGAGACAAUCCUGAAGAAUCCAGCCACGGCCACGGAUGCUUACUCCCUGAUUGCCAUGGGGAAUUUCUGGCUACAGAGUCUCCAUCAGCCCAUCAAGGACAAGGACAAGGAGAAGAAGCACCAGGAGAAGGCACUGUCCAUGUACAAGCAAGUGCUGAGGAACGAUCCGCGCAACAUCUGGGCCUCCAAUGGCAUUGGAGCCGUUCUUGCGCACAAGGGAUGCAUCAUUGAGGCGCGUGACAUCUUUGCUCAGGUGCGCGAGGCCACGGCAGAGUUCUCAGACGUGUGGCUCAACAUUGCGCACAUCUACGUGGAGCAGAAGCAGUACAUCAGUGCCAUUCAAAUGUACGAGAACUGCCUGAAGAAGUUCUAUCGGCAUCACAACGUCGAGGUGCUGCAGUAUCUCGCCAGGGCGUACUUCCGGGCGGGAAAGCUGAGGGAGGCGAAGCUGACACUCUUGCGGGCGCGCCGAGUGGCUCCGCAGGACACUGUGCUGCUCUUCAACAUUGCCAUGGUGCUGCAGCGUUUGGCCAUGCAGAUCCUCAGGGAUGAGAAGUCCACACUGGCCAUAGUGUUGCAGGCUGUCCAUGAGCUGGGAUUGGCGCACAAGUACUUCACCUACUUGUCUGUGCAUGGCGACAAGACGAGGUACAAUGUGGCAUUUGCGGGCGCUGAGGCUGGACAGUGUCAGGAUUUGCUGUCUCAAGCGCAGUACCACGUCUCCCGGGCGCGUCGCAUUGACGAGGAGGAGCGCUCGUUGAAGCAGAAGCAAGAGGAGGAGAGAAAUGCGUUCAAGAUGCGCCAGGAGGAGGAGCGUCGCAAGUUGGAGGAGAUGCGACACAAGAACAAGGAGGAGAUGCUGCUGAAGCGACAGGAGUACAAGGAGAAGACGAAGAAUGCCCUCAUGUUCCUCGAACAGAUGUCAGAGCCGAAGAAGAAGAGCGGCAGAAGUCGUCGCGAUGACUAUGUCUCGGACUCUGGAGGCAGUGAUUCACCGGCGCCUGGUGGGAAUGAGGCAAAUCCCGAGGGUGGUUCGUCGCAGAGGAAGAGAAAGAGGGACAAAGGCUCAUCGAAAUCCAGGAAGCGACGUGAUAAGAAUCACCGCAGAGGAUCGGGAACGGAGAGUGACGCGCCGCGGUCGAAGCGUGGGAAGAAGAAGGAGGGCAAAGAAGGAACUCGUCGGCUGUCACAGAAGCAGCAGAGCAGAAUUGUGUCCAAGGCGACGAUUUCCACCAGCGAAUCCGACAGUGAUGCCAGCGAUAAAGGGAAGGGCAGGAGUCGCAGUGGCUCUCCUGCGCGACGAGGACGUCGCAUCUCAUCGGGAAGUGACAGAUCGGGAUCGUCAGCAGGGAGUCGUCGUCGAUCACGGUCGGGAUCGAAAUCCUCAGCACGCUCAUCGCGAGCCUCCAGUCGCUCACGCAGUGGUUCUGGCUCACGAUCUGGCAGCAGAUCUCGAAGUGGCUCUCGCAGUGUGUCCAGGAGCAGAUCCAGGAGUGGUUCUCGUAGUGUUUCUCGCUCAAGAUCCCGCUCUAGAUCUCGCUCGGGCUCCGCAAAGUCCAAAUCUCGCACGCCAAGUCGCUCAAGAUCUCGCUCCAAGAGUGGCUCGCGAUCGCGUUCCGGAAGCCGCAGUCGCUCCACCUCAAGAUCCAGAAGUCGCUCUAAGUCCGGCAGUCGUUCCAAAUCCAGAAGCCGCUCUAAGUCCAGAAGUCGCUCCAAGUCAGGAUCGCGCAGUCGAAGCGCCUCCAGGUCUGGGUCUGGAGGCGAGGAAGCUCCUCCCAAGAUUGGGAGUGAUCAGGAGAAUUAGGAUUUGCUGACUAGGCCUAGAAGAUAAGACCUUUUCGCGCUGUACUGAGCAAAUUUAUUUGUCAAUAAAGGUCCGUGCGUUAUUGAGAAGUUCAGUUAA